AGUUGAUGCUGACAGGUAAAGAAAUAAAUCCUGUGAAGAUGUAUGGCAAAUACCAUCCAAAGAAAAAUAAGAAUGGAGAGCUUAUUGUUUGUGACUCACAAGCUGCAGAAAUGGAAGCUGUGGAUAAAUUGUGUGAUGAUUUUGGAGAUGAUGUCGAAGAACAAUCUCAAUCUUCUGAUCAAGAGGAAACCGCAAGGACAUCCAAUGUUAAAUCUUCUCAAUUGCAUGCCAAGUACCUAGAAGUUGUCGGUUGCAAAAAGAGAAAAGUGCGUGGAACGGGAAGCUAUUCAAAGGCAUUUCUUCAUCAUGUGAAGAAUUUAAGUGCAAAACAAUCAUGUUCAAAAGCUCGUCGGAUGCAUCACUUUUGCGUCACUUGGGACACACACUUGAGGAAAUGGUUGACUUCACAUGGUGAUGAGUGUCCCCCGGAAAUGCCACUUGUUGAUGAUGAUUUGCAAGAUGAGGAUCCUGAUUCACAGCCCAAGACAUUUGAAGAAAUAUGGCUUCCAUUUCUGAAAUCAAGAGGAAUUGAUCUUCCAAAUUGUUUCCCAAUACUUGAGUCUUCUAAAGAUGCUCCAGAAGACUGCCCAGACUCUAUGGAUGAAUCAUAGUCUCUUUAGAACAUUGACAACUAGUAAUUUUGAUUUUUGUUUAUGUAUGAUGAUCUGGAUUAUUUAAAUGAACCUGAGGUCAUGAAUAUUUUUGGUUACUAGCUACGUUUAUAUGAAAUUAAUUAAGGUUUGUAUUGGAUAUAUUUUGAUUGUUGCAUACUAAUAUAAAUUUCAAAUUUUGGCAUCAUCU